GUUAAACUCAAUUUUGAAAUGCUGAGUUUAUUCUGCUCAGUGGUGAGAAUAGUUUUCAUGAGAACAUUCCUCUAGUAGGAAGCUGUUUUCCCUUGCUGUAUACAAAAAGAACAUUUCAGAAGGAUGGGAAACUUAAUAUUAAAGUUGUUAGCAGUUAGAUUUCCUGUUAUGUGACUGCAUGACUAUCUUAUGGGAUUUAGGAACAGUGAAGUCAGGAAACAGAGAAACUGAAGAAGUAAUCAAGAAAACUUCUUUGGCUUUAAAGAAUCCCUAGCUGAAAAUCAGAUAUUUAUUCACUUCAGUUUAAACUAGAAAGUUUAAUCUUUUCAUCCAUAUUUAAUGUUCAGACCCACUUAUGCUUAAUUAAAAUACAGAUUGAAAACUUUCCCUCCUUUCAGUGAGUUGUUUUGUGUAACAUCAACUGUUCCAAAGUUUAAGCAGUGACACCAUCACAAUUGUUAAUUAUUUGGUAAACUGUGACUUCUUGCAACUGACAAGUGGCCCUUGUUCAUGUGUCCCUGCCUAAUGUGGUGUUAUAUGGACUGGACUCUGAAAAUCUGUGGACACUAUUCAUCUGAAUGAGGAACAGCAUGGCUGGGACUGAGCCAUUUUUGGCAGAUGGCAAUCAGGAGUUAUUUCCCUGUGAAGUCUGUGGAAGACGCUUUGCAGCAGAUGUUCUGGAAAGACAUGGACCAAUAUGUAGAAAACUCUUCAACAAAAAGCGUAAACCUUUCAACUCCUUGAAGCAAAGAUUACAGGGCACUGACAUUCUUACAGUGAGGAAGACUACUCACUCCCAGCAUCAACCUGUAAGGAAAUCUAACUGGAGACAGCAGCAUGAAGACUUCAUUAAUGCAAUUCGAUCAGCAAAGCAGUGCACACUUGCCAUUAAAGAAGGCCGGCCUCUCCCACCUCCACCCCCUCCAUCCAUCAAUCCAGAUUAUAUUCAGUGCCCAUAUUGUAUGAGGAGGUUUAAUGAAACUGCAGCCACGCGACAUAUAAAUUUCUGCAAGGAUCAGUCUUCUCGAAAAGUCUUUGAUCCAGCUCAGACAGCAGCCAAAUUGGCAUCCAGAGCUCAGGGCAGGGCUCAGGUGAGUCCCAAAAAAGAACCAACUGUUACCAGUGCUGUGGGAGCUUUGCUGCAGAACAGGGCCCUGGAUACCACAAAUGGAGUCCCAACCAGGUCAGGAUUAGCUACGGACCCUACUUCUGGAGCAAAACUCAGACAAGGAUUUAGUAAAUCUUCUAAGAAAGAUUAA